AUGGUUGCCCACACUGGGCUUGAACAUAUCGUCUUGCUGCCUCAGCUUCCCAAGUACCUGAGAUUGCAGGACCCCCUGCUCCGUGUCCAGGAGGUGCUGAACGGCACGGAAGUGAAUCUGCAGCACCUCACUGCCCUGGUAGACUGCCGCAGCCUGCACCUGGACUACGUGCAGGCACUGACGGGCUUCUGCUAUGACGGCAUCGAGGGCCUCAUCUACCUGGCGCUAUUCUCCUUCGUCACGGCCCUCAUGUUCAGUUCCAUCGUCCGCAGCGUCCCACACACCUGGCAGCAGAAGAGCCAGGUCCUCGGAGCUGGAGGACAGUGCCUGCCAUGUAUUCCAGAAUUCUCUCAGAAGCACAAACACUGCCAGUGACUGAGAGCCACCCAAAAGGUGAAUGUAUAUAGCAUGAGAGAUGGGAGCUGCCUGGAUGUAGCCAUGAACCUACGUUAUCUCGGGAGUCCUGCCAUUGUGUGUAUGCAUGUGUGCGUGCAUGCAUGUGUGUAUGUUUGUGCACACGCACAUGCGUGUUUUGUCUGUGAUUCUUCAUCUACGGAGGCUGAAGAAAGGAAAGGGGAAAUCAAGAGGGGUUUACCCCCCAAUCUCAGCAGCUCAUGCCCUUGGUUUUCUUUCUGUUCUGAAUUUGGUGCCCCUUCCUGACCACCAUACCCAACCACAUCACUAUGCUUCCUAGGGUGUUGGGCCAGGCUGCCACUCCCACCCUGCCCUCCUGGGCUCUGGAACAUGGGCGAGGCUUGACUCCAUGGAGAGUAGACAGCCAUGGGGGCUUAGCCACUGCCUGACCCCAGGGCCCUGCCAGGCCCUCGGGAGGGUCCUGCUGGGGCAAGGGACAUAGUGAUGGGGUUCCCCUGCUGGCAUCCAGCACCAGCCCUCCAAAGCGAGGUGAGGUUGGGUAGUGGGAGGCCCUGGCUGGGAGCACCCCAACCCUUCUUCCUGAUACCCACCCCAUCUCACUAUGCAAUUCCAGAUCCCUACCAUUGUCCCCCUACCCAGGUUUUAGCUCUGCCCAGCCCGGAGGGGGGUCAGUUGGUAGCCCCUGGGCCCUAGUGACCAGGGCCUUUUGUGUGAGAAUCUAUGUUUAGCCACAAUGCUUGCACUCCUCUCCUAUUUGUUACAUAUAUGAUUUUGUUAAGCACCCCCACCCUACCCCUUGAAUCUUACUCCUUGUGCAUUAACCCGAGCUGCACCGGGCCCGCACCCCUCAGCCUCUCCAGGCCUGUGUGUCGCUGUCACUUAGUUUUUUUUUUUUUCUAAAACUGAGUUUUGGGUUUGAUCUUUAUUUCUUCGGGGACUUUAUUUUUCUUGGCAAAGACUAAAAAUCUCAUUGAUGUAAUUUCUGUGGCUUCUAUUCAGCUUGGGUUUCAUGUUUGAAAAUAAACAUUUUAAAGGAA